CCGGGCUAGUAGCUCCAUCUCUCUCUGAUCCCCUCCCUGUUCUUCAGUCUGCCCUUCUUUGCGGAUCGAACCUCCUGGACUGAGCUGCUAGAAAAUUCCUGGCCCUCUGCUGCCUCUACUCUUCAGCUAUCCUCAGAUAAUAACCAGACAACGUAACCAUGGCAAACUCUUUCACUCGCAUGAUUUCGGGCCGUAACGCGGCAGUGAUGAUGGCGGUGGGAGCGGGGACCCUGGGCUCAGGGUACCUCCUGAGUGACAGUACUGCUGCUGCUGACAGGAAGAGGCUCUACCCUCCCAGCGCUGAUUUCCCUGACCUGAGGAAGCACAACAACUGCAUGGCAGCAGCUUUAACCCCCAAAAUCUAUGCCCACCUGAGGGACAAGACAACACCCAACGACUGGACCCUGGACCAGUGCAUCCAGACUGGGGUUGACAACCCCGGACACCCCUUUAUCAAGACCGUGGGAAUGGUGGCUGGAGAUGAGGAGAGCUAUGAGGUGUUUGCUGAGAUCUUUGACCCUGUCAUUAAGGACCGACACAAUGGCUAUGACCCUCGCGCAAUGAAGCAUCCCACCGACCUGGACGCUUCCAAGAUCACUUCCGGAGUGUUUGAUGAACGCUACGUCCUGUCAUCUCGCGUGCGUACCGGCCGCAGCAUCCGUGGACUGAGUCUGCCCCCCGCAUGCACCCGCUCCGAGCGCCGUGAAGUGGAGCGCGUGACCGUGACGGCUUUGGCCGGCCUGAAAGGAGACCUGUCAGGCCGCUACUACAGCCUGGGAGAGAUGACUGACAAGGAGCAGCAGCAGCUUAUUGAUGAACACUUCCUGUUUGAUAAGCCUGUGUCACCUCUGCUCACAUCAGCUGGGAUGGCCAGAGACUGGCCUGAUGCUCGUGGGAUCUGGCACAACAAUGAGAAGAACUUCCUGAUCUGGAUCAAUGAGGAGGACCACACCAGGAUCAUAUCCAUGGAAAAAGGAGGAAACAUGAAGAGAGUUUUUGAAAGAUUCUGCAGAGGUCUUAAACAGGUGGAGCAUCUAAUUCAAGAGAGAGGAUGGGAGUUCAUGUGGAACGAGCGUCUGGGCUACAUCCUCACCUGCCCCUCUAACCUUGGUACCGGACUCAGGGCUGGUGUGCAUAUUCGUCUGCCUCUUCUCAGCAAGGAUCCCCGUUUCAAGAAGAUAUUGGAAAACCUGAGACUUCAGAAGAGAGGCACGGGAGGAGUUGACACAGCUGCCACUGGAGACACCUUUGACAUCUCUAACCUUGAUCGUUUGGGCAAAUCAGAGGUGGAGCUGGUACAACUAGUGAUCGAUGGUGUUAACUACCUAACUGAGUGUGAGAAGAGGCUGGAGAGGGGACAGGACAUCAAGAUCCCUGCCCCUAUCCCUCAGUUCAGGAAGUGACUUCCGGAAGGGAACCCUGAAGUAGAACAGCUUCUCCAGUGGCUGAUUGUUUAAUUGUUGGUCCCACAAGGGAUCCAUGGCAUGAAGAGCAAUGUACAAACUUGCAGUCACAAUAAACUCAUGCAUGUACAUGAUUUCUAAACAAAAUAAAUUCUAAUAAUGCAUUAA